GUGCCCGCCGCAGUUGUACGUCGCAGUUGGUGCGAGAUGCCAGAGCGUUGCGGGUGCUGCACUUCGUCGCCGGUGGGGCCGGGGGCGGCAGUCGCUCGGAGGCGGAAGGUGUCGCGACUCGGAGACGCCCGGGGGCGGCAGCUGCAGCGGAUGCGCGACGGCCUCGUGGUCGCGCUGCUGCAGGCGGCGUUGCUGACGCUGACCAUGCUGGCGACGCAGUACGAGCCGCACGCCGACGCCAGCGACUCGCGCAACAGCUACUUGCCCGUCAUGGGUGGCUUCGAUCAGCGCAACCUUCGCAUCAGCAAGCACUACAUCAUGUUUCAGGACGUGCAUGUCAUGGUGUUCGUUGGCGUUGGCUUCCUGAUGACCUUUUUGCGCAAGUAUGGCUACAGCGCUGUUGGCUUCAACUUUCUUGUGUCCGCUCUUAGUCUGCAAUGGGCCAUCCUGGCGCGCGGAUUCUUCGAAAUGGACAACGGACGCAUCAAUGUCGGCAUCACCAGUAUGUUGGGCGCUGACUUUGCGACUGUGGCGGUCAUCAUUUCACUUGGAGCCGUCAUCGGCAAAACUACGCCGCUGCAGCUUAUUGUGAUGGCGCUUAUAGAAAUCGCACUUUUUGCGACCAAUGAAUGGUUCGGCAUUAAUGUGCUAAAGGCGGUGGAUGCUGGAGGGUCCAUGUAUGUGCACGUGUUUGGAGCUUAUUUUGGACUGGCAGUCAGUUUGGCGCUUCGAAGGAAAGACAAUCCCGAUUUCAGCAACGAGUCUGCCGAAUACCACUCAGACCUCUUUGCCAUGAUCGGUACGCUUUUCCUGUGGGUCUUCUGGCCAUCUUUCAACGCGGCGCUGGUCACUGGUGACAACCAGUACCGGGCAGUUAUCAACACUUACUUUUCUCUAGCAGCGUGUUGCGUUACAGCGUUUGCCGUUUCGUCUCUCGUUGCCAAAGAUAACAAAUUUAAUAUGGUGCACAUACAAAACUCAACACUGGCCGGCGGUGUUGCUGUAGGCACGGCGGCCGACAUGAUGCUUUACCCAUAUGGAGCAUUGGCCGUUGGAAUCGCCGCAGGCACUCUAUCUGUGCUAGGAUAUACCUAUAUUCAGCCUGCGCUUUUGAGAACAAUCAAACUGCAUGACACAUGUGGAGUGCACAAUUUGCACGGAAUGCCAGGGGUUCUUGCGGGGCUCAUAGGCGCCCUCAUGGCAGCGCUCGCCUCCGAAAAAGAGUAUGGUGAAAGCCUGUACCUGCAGUUCCCAGCGCGGGCGCCAAUGAACAACACCAGUGCGCUAAAUGACGUGAACGAAGUGCUCAUGUUCCUUGAGCCAGGAGAUAACCGAAGUGCCAUCCGACAAGCUGGCUUUCAAUUGAUUGCUCUACUUGUCACUUUUAUAGUCGCCAUCGUCGGCGGUCUCAUCACAGGUUUCCUCCUGAGCUGCGAAUGGAUGGGGCAGGUGCCGCGCGACCGAUUCUUCGACGACGCUCACUUCUGGGAAGUGCCAACUGACGAAGAGCAUUCUGCUGGCACUCCCCCAAUCACGCCAGAGGCACACGCUAAUCCUGUAUUUUCGCGCAAGGAGUCUCAAGACUCAAAGUGCUGAUCUCUCGCCCUCCCGUUUAUCAACUCCCAUUGUAAAUUUCAUCCCCAAAAUUCUUGUUUGUUGAGAGUAUUGAGAGGUAUAAUUAUGCAAAAGAAGUGUGAGUUUGUUGCGCGCUUUUCUGUGAAAUAAUAAAUCAUAAACCAAAGUCAUGGUUAAGAAUCUCUACAAGAA